CGUCAAAAACUGUCAUAGUCUUUGGUGUGUGUUCAAAUCCAAAUUUCUCUUCACAUCAGUCUUUCAACUCGGUCUGACCUAGCUAAACUAAAUAAUUUUCUAUUGAUUUUUGUAUGGUGUGUGCGAAGAUAAUCUUUUCACCAUGAAGCCAUUUUCGUUGACAACCUGCAUUCGCCAGAUCUGGAUCAUGUCCGGAUGGCUGCGCCAGGAGGCGGCUGUUGCAGCCUCCAUGUUGGUGUUGCAACGCCACCAGGCGGAGCAGAAGGAGGAGGCCGCCCUGAAGGACCAAAAGCGGGCUGCAGCCGAAGGUGAAGAGGUGGGCCAGGUGGGUGUCGACGCCCAGGGAAGACUUCGCCGAGUGCGAAUUCUCGACGAUUACAUCAUGCCUUUUGAGUGCAGCAUCUAAUUCUACAUUACAAAAAUUGCCUUGUGCUUGAGUUUCUGAUUCCCGUUGUCCUCGCGGCUUGAAGGUGGAUCGAAGUCAAUUCGACCACCGAAACUGCCUCCAAAUUUUGGUCUGCACGGAAAAAGAAACUGAACCUAGAACUGCAAUCGGAAGGAUAUCGGAAUCUUUAUUCAUAUUAGAGUUAAAUCAAAUAAGCCAUGAAAAAAAUUUAAGAAUA